GUGAUGUUGAAGCAGAGCAGAGCCUCAGUUGAGCCUCAUGCGCUAAGAGAAAGUGUUGGCGGGGGCAUGCGACGAAAGCGGCGAACCCCGAAGACAGCUGAAAGGUAAAACAAUUGGAGUGUGAGAGUGAGAUGAAGAGAUAACAAACGAUUUCUCCAUAUUUAGAAGCUACUUCACUCCUGUGAGUCGAACAUUGUUGCUGUUUCUUACCUCAUCCUCUUUCGACCCCUGGUCGACGUCCUUUUUAGAAACAAGCCUCCUCCUAUCACCGACCACAUUUCGCUAGAUUACAUCCAGACCAGCACAAUGUCAGCUCCUCGUCCCUUCAUUACAUGCCAUGUCCUUGAGACGGUCUCGGGUCGCCCGGCGCCUGAUAUGCGCGUCACUCUCUCGCUGCUCUCCCCACAAUGCUCCAACUCGUCUACACCUACCGUCUUUACCGCAUCUACCAACUCCGACGGCCGCGUGACCGCCUGGCAGUCCAAGGGCACCGUCACCACCUCUGAGCUCGACCACCUAGUCAGCUCACUCAAGUCCGACCUCAAGGAUGAUGAGCAGAUGAACUGGAGCUUAGUCUUUGCGACCGAGGAGUUCUACGGCAAGGGCAAGACCUUCUGGCCUGAAGUCGAGCUCAAGUUCUGCACGAGCAAGGAUGAGAGACACUACCACGUUCCUCUGCUCUUGGGUCCCUGGAGCUACACUACCUACCGUGGCUCGUAGGCGAAGGGCGAGAGUUUCGACAUUGAAACACGACAAGAGCAUGAUUUACGAGAUACCAACAGCGAGCCCAGUACGAUGGCAGGGGCCCAGGGACGAAGGACAAUUGCCGAUACUCAAGUACAGGGGACAGG